UCCAGCUCACGUGACAGUGGACCACCAAAACAGGAACAAAAUGGCUGCAACCGGGGAUGAAGCCGCAGCUAUGGAUAGUAUUUCCAGGGAACCAACAGCCGUUUCAGCGGGGUUAGUCACAGCUGCUAGCGGCGUACCUCAGGCUGAACGCUCGGACGAUCCGCCGGAAACCCCGUCGAGUGCUCCAAAGAAACCUGGGACAAACAGUGAUGGGGGUGUGGAGACUGCAGAGGAAGCUGUGGAGCCCGCAGAGCCUGAUAUCGACGAGCUGUGUUCAGAUAUGUUUGAGAAGAUGGCAAUUUUCCUGCAAGGAGAGCUAACAGCAACUUGCGAAGAUUACCUGCUGUUAGAGAACAUGAACAAGCUCACAAGUCUGAAAUACAUGGAAAUGAAGGACAUUAGUGUCAACAUAAGCCGGAAUCUGCAGGAUCUCAACAAUAAGUAUGCGAGCCUACAGCCAUACCUGGACCAGAUUAAUAAGAUUGAGGAGCAAGUGUCAGCCCUCGAACAAGCUGCAUACAAACUGGACGCAUACUCCAAGAAACUGGAAGCCAGAUUCAAGAAACUGGAGAAGCGAUGAGGAAAAGAGGUGGCAGACUGGAGGUUUCGGCCUUUUCACCUUUUUUUCUGCCCUUCCCUGUCCUCCACUCUCCUUACCAGUAAACUCAAGAGCUGCAGGGGGAUGAUGCGAACUGAACCUGAAGCAACAAACACUCAGAAAGACUUUGGAACCUAAAUUGUAUCAUGGAGGAAGCAGCUUUAUGCACAUGCACACCACUGUUUGCUUUAAAUUUGACUCCAGUAUCACUGAUUUCUGUUCAGGCAGCCAAGAUGUGCAGUCUUUACCCACGUUUGUCUGUCCAGUUAUUAGCCUCUCCUAAGUAAUAUGAGGAAGAUGUUCCUAUCUAGUCGUGAAGUGAAUUAUACAGAUGUAGUUAAUUUAUUUGAUGAAGCAUGUUCAAAACGUUUUAAUCAUGUCCGAGACCUCUUUCAGGCAUUUCUUUCACAACAUCUCAGGCAUUGAUCUGAGUUUACUUGGCAGUAAAUGUACACUUUUUUUAGGUAGUGUGAACUGAAUGGCAAACAGCUUAAACCUGAGACUUUGUUGUAAUGUUGAGUUUAAAGGUAAACUCCAGAGUUCAUUUAAAUUGGUAGCUCAUAGGAGAUUCUUUUUUAAUUAAACAGGUUAUUUUCCUCUAAAAACACACUAAAACCAAAUUUCCUUUUGAAUUAAACUUAAUCACAGUAUUCACAGCAGAUGGCAGUAUUGCACCUUGAUUGGUCCUUUAAGGUUUUUGGAUAUCAAACUUGUAUUCUGUUGCUGUGGAGAGUGAAGUGCUGUUAAAUAAGGUGUUGAGUUACAGAUUUUUCACAGAAAGGACGAGUAAGACCAACAGAGGGAAAUGGAUGGCAGAAAAUUCAAAGGAAAGGAUGGAUUCUGUCUGAAAAAUGUUUGUGUGUGUUGCCCUAUGCUCCCUUUGUUUUUGUCUUUAUGUCAGCUGGCCCACAGCAGAACACUGAGGUCCGUUUGCCAGGGGGUAACCGAUUAUCUAAACACGCUGGAUCUUCUGAAUUUAUGCCGGUCUCUUUGCAUUGCUCCAUGCACAAAAAAAUUUGUAUUUGUGUGGACGGGCCUAAUCUAAAACAGGUCUCUGUUAUUAGUUCAGCUGAGAUCCUGCCACAGAGGGAGCUCAUUAUUCAUACUGUAACAUUAUUUACUAUUGCUCCGUGAUCCUUCCAUUUCUCCCUUUCCCUGCUUUUUUUCCCCUUCCCCACGUCCCUAGGGUGUACACGUCAAUCCUCUCCAAUCCGCUCUGGACUUAGUGUUGGGAAAUGGGCUUUGGGUUGUUUUCUGGAGGCUAUAUGUGUGUGCCAAGAGGCAGUUAAGCAAAGUAGAGAAGGUAACGUAUUAAUCAAAGCCAAGCCUCUCAUGUUGAGUUUGUGUGGGUUUUGCAUGUUCUGUGCUAAAUAAUUGGCUUGAAGAUUGGGAGGGUGAAAGGAAUUUGUGUAGUUUUAUAGUUCACUUAAAGGCAGAUUCCACCUAUAGAGGAAAGACUCAGCAAAGGAGUUUACACUGCCUUGCAAAAGUACUGACCCCCAUGUUGUCACAACUACAAACAUAUAUUUUAUUAAGAUUUUAGGUAAUUGACCAACACAAGUAGUGCAUUUGUUUUUUUACAAAUAAAAAUCUGAAAGGUC